ACUCCUGCCAGAUUGACAGCCCACAGCAGAGCAGGGCGUGCCCAGUCCCCAGCAGUGGCCACCAGUGUCUCUUCAUCUCCCUGGGAAAGGUGGCAGCGAGGUGACCAAAAUGGCCUGGUGGAAAGCUUGGGUUGAACAGGAAGGCGUCACUGUGAAGGGAAGCUCCCACUUCAACCCAGACCCGGACGCAGAGACCCUUUACAAAGCUAUGAAGGGAAUUGGGACCAACGAGCAAGCCAUCAUUGACGUGCUCACCAAGAGGAGCAAUGCGCAGCGGCAGCAGAUUGCCAAGUCCUUCAAGGCUCAGUUCGGCAAGGAUCUCACCGAAACGUUGAAGUCAGAGCUGAGUGGCAAGUUUGAAAGACUCAUUGUGGCCCUCAUGUACCCGCCCUACAGGUACGAGGCCAAGGAGCUGCAUGACGCCAUGAAGGGUCUAGGUACCAAAGAAGGGGUCAUCAUUGAGAUCCUGGCCUCUCGGACCAAAUGCCAGCUGCAAGAGAUAAUGAAGGCCUACAAGGAGGACUAUGAGUCCAGCCUAGAGGAAGACAUCCAAGCAGACACAAGUGGCUACCUGGAGCGGAUCCUCGUGUGCCUGCUGCAGGGUAGCAGGGAUGAUGUGAGAGGCUAUGUGGACCCAGGAUUGGCCCUGCAAGACGCACAGGACCUAUACGCAGCGGGUGAGAAGAUCAGCGGGACUGACGAGAUGAAAUUUAUCACCAUUCUGUGCACGCGCAGUGCCCCUCACCUCAUGAAAGUGUUUGAAGAGUAUGAGAAAAUUGCCAACAAAAGCAUCGAGGAGAGCAUCAAGAGUGAGACCCACGGCUCACUGGAGGAGGCCAUGCUCACCGUGGUGAAGUGCACCCAGAACCUGCACAGCUACUUUGCAGAGAGACUGUACUACGCCAUGAAGGGAGCAGGGACAUGUGAUGGGACACUCAUAAGGAUCAUCGUCUCAAGGUGUGAGGUUGACUUAAAUCUUAUCAAGUAUCAGUUCAAUAAGAUGUACGGCAAGACCCUCAGCAGCGUGAUCAUGGAUGACACCAGCGGUGACUACAAGAAUGCCCUGCUGAACCUGGUGGGCAGUGACCCAUGAAGUCAUUGAAGAACAAGAGCCAAGGCCAAGAAGCAAGGGCCUCCAGCCCUGCCACAUGACCUUGGCCAUGGGUGGGGACUGGGGGGACCUCAGCUGGCUUCCAGUCUUCUAUCUCCCAGUGCUUUCUGGCCAACAUUUCUCACCCAGGGGAUGACAGUGUCUCAGCCUCCUCUUCCUGCCUUCUCUCCCAGGUCAUUUCCAGGUGUGUGUACAAGGAUAAUUUAGCAAAGCUCUUGCUGGACCAAUAUGUCGGUCUACAGGGGCUUGUGAGUCAUUUUUUCCUCCUAGACAGAGCCUGCCUGAGCUUCACUAGUCACAGAAUUACCUGGGCACAGGUUAGACCUGAGCUCUGUCCCAUCUACCGAAUCAGGGAUCCCCCAGGAAGAACAUGGAUCUCUGACAAGUGUCUCAGUUAGGUGCUUCCUUAUCAACCACAGCCAGAGGUCCCUGAGAGCCCUUUUGUAUUAUAGCGCAGGCCCUUGGCCUGCUGAGAAAGGGACACAUAGGCCCACCUGCUGGGAUGCCACUUGCCUCCUCAGGAAGCAUCAGACUCUGUGGAAGAAACAUCCUCACACUGUCCUCAUGGCAGAGUAAUUAGACUGCAGAUUGAUGCCCUGACCCAACAACACUGUCCUAGAGGCUUAGGCUUCCUGGUUGUUCAGUAGCUCUGCUGUCCUUCCAUGACACAGCAUGCAGCACAAGGGACAGCCCCACUGCCUGAACAUGACUCAUUCUGACCCAAGGCCACCAAUCCUGGAGUCUGCAGAGACCUGACCCUCAUCCUCCUAGAUAUCUCCUGGGCUUUCAGAAUAAUAAACAUCUGCAUGUUCCAA